AUGCAGCGACUGAUCAUUUCCAGCAGCUCCCAGGUCCUCAUCAUCUACCAAUGGAACUGGGCCCAGAAACAGUUUGUCCAUCUUGGCGACGUGUCAGAUGUGAUGGACAUCCAAAUGGUCAAGCAUUUCCGGGUCAAGCGGGACAACUACUUGUGCCUCAGUUGCUACAUUGGAGACUCCAAGGUGGUCAAGUGGGACAGGCCACGCUUCACGGAGGUGCAGACCCUCCCCUCCAUGAUCAUGGAGGCCUUCCCAGUGGCCCAGCACCAGUACAUGGCCUUGGGCAGCAACUUCUCAUUCAUCCACAUCUACCUCUGGGACGAAGAGAAGCAGAGGUUCUCCAAGUUCCAGGAGCUCUCCAUCCAAACACCGGGCACUUUCCACAUCAUGCCCUUGGAGGACAUGAACAUCGUGCUGGUGCCCAGCUUUAAAGGGAACACUUUGGUCUACAAGCACAUCAUGGUGGACCUCAACUUGUAG